UGCGAGCAAGAAGAUCCCACGUUUGCUUUGUUUAUAGUAAAAACAACCUACUUUAACAGAGGCGCGCACUACUGAAUGAGAGAGCUGUAGAUUCAAAUAACAUUAGUCAGAAGAUGAGAGAAGUUGGUGCUAAGUUGGCAGGAAUGGUAUUCAUUCCAAGAUUGGUUAAUUCGAAGUUUAUUUCAGUAAUAAUGUAAGGUACAGCAAAACUUCAUUUAAUUAUUAUUUUAUGUUCUUAAAUUCAUUUAUAGAGGUUUUUAGUAAGAUUUGUCAACGAGUCUAAGACUUUUCUCAUUUUUAUUCAUAUGAAGUAUUUGUUCUAUUGAAGAAUUUGGCUAAUGAAGAAUGUACAGGAUGUCCACUCCAAUUUGACACAGAAGCUAAUUUCUGAACGUUUCUGAACGUAGAUGUAUUCAUUUAAUUAGAAAUCUUCUGUAAAGCUGCUGUCCAACAAGGUACUGUCAAUUGAUGUAUUGCUGAAAAAAUUAGGUUUUUAUUACUUAUGAUUAAAAUGAUAACUGCAACCAACUAUUGGCAGUGAAUUUCUCAGUUGAAUACUAAUCUCUUUGGAUAUCUUAACAAGUUCACUACAUUCUAAACACAUCAGUGAAAACGUAACAAUGAGCGCCUCUUUCAUUCCAUCACUUAAACAUAUGACUCUGGCAAAGACCACGAUUGCAAUCUGUAGGGAUUCAGAAAUAAGAUGCUUCAUUAAUGAACUAAAUUUCCUGUGGGAUAAAACUGCUGGAGAAGACAAAUGGAAAGGAUUAAUGGACAAGGCAGAGGAAAAAAUAAAUGAACUACCUGUACCACCUCAACUACAUCAAUGUAUCUUAGCUCUGAUCAAGCCCAUAUCUCUGGAGAUUGCAAGAUGGAAGUACGAUCAUUUAAAAAUUCUUGGAGACAAAUUUGAUUUUCAAAGCUGUCGCCUGUUUUGGGCUCCUGAAGGUACAGUAGAUAGAAAAAAGACAGCAGAGAUGCUAAUUCUAAACAAAAAUAUAUGUAUCAUAAAUCGCUUUUUCUUGGCAUGCUGCUACUGUCGUCAAAACGAUGUAGAAGAGAUAUGGAAUAUUAUGUGUCCAACCGAAAGAAUUCUAAUCUACAAUGAAAAGGACUAUUAUUCUAAUGUAAUAUUUUGGCGUUCUUGGUUAGAAAGUAAAGGUGCCAUUGUUUGGGUUGAACUCCUUGAACAGCUACUUAAUCGAAUUUACCCAGAUACGAUCUGCAAUUACCAUAAAUAUCUAAUUUGGUUGCGAGGUUUUUUCGACAAAUUAACAACAGAGCAACAAAAGGUAGGCAUCUGGUACACUGUGAAUCAUACAUUUAAAGAUCAUGACAAUUUUAGGUUUUGCAUUUCCCAGCUGAACGAAGAAAAGAGGGAAUUGGUUUUCAAAGAAUAUCCUCUUCGUUUACUAAGAUUCUUCUUAGAUUGGCCGUAUCAAAGUUUGUUCUCGGAAGCGGCAGAACAAAUGUGGAAGUAUCUUGACAAAUCAGACUUCAGAUAUUUACUAUAUUUCAUUAUUUAUAAUCGCAUUGUUGCUGAUUGGUAUGAUUUUGACUAUGUUAAUCUGCUAAAAGACUUUUGGUGGCAUAGUCCAAAACAUUUGAAAGACUAUAUAAAGAAUGACACCAUUUAUGAGGCAGUCAAAAUGGUAAUUUAUCAUGAAUUUCCUCAACAUUUCCCAAAGGAGAAAAUAAUCCAAAUUUCUUUUUCUGUCGAGUUACCAUAUAGUAAGUUUUCAUUGCUUCGAGAAGGGGAUUUCCUGUAACUCACACUGAUCUUUGCUCAUGCAAAUACUGAAUUCCAGUAAUAAUUUUUUGAAUUCAAAUUAAAUGUUAACUCAUUUUAAUUUCAAACAAUUUUAAUUUUCUGAUGAGCUUAUUUAAACCCACCUUAAUAUGCAUAAACUCAAGUAGCUACACUCUACCAAAUUACUAUUAAAUGAUAUUUCCAGUGGCAAAUUUAGGUAUUUUGUGGCUUUAGACAAUGUGUAACCUGGUGCCUUUUUUAAUAAAUUGAAUAAUUUAAAUUUA